AUGGAAAACCAAAGCCAACAAGACAACGCUAGUCCUCUCAGAUCAGUUGGAUCAAUUGGGAGAACUCCUAUGAGACAAUCCCCUUUUAGGAAUUCUCCAGUAGCAUAUAGAUAUGCAAUUAAUCAAAGGAUUAAUGAUGCUAGAUUGACAUUAUCGAACGUUGCGGGGCUUGGCAAUUCUCAAGCAACACCUGGUGGAUCAUAUAUAUCCCCUUCUCGUCGCCGUUUGAUGCGUUCUAAUAACUCACCAUCAAGUGGUGUGAUUUCAUCACCUUCGACAGUUGUAUCUGCAUUAACCCCCCAAGCAAGAGCUAGAAGACCUUUACUUUUUAAUAGACAAACUGCACCUAAUUUGAAUGAAGACUCGGAACGCCUUGAACAAGAACCAUCAACUGAUCCUUUAAAAAUUUUAUUAGAAAACGAAACAAGAAAUUCCAAUGAUAUUCAGAUUUCACCGAAAUCAGUUAGGAAUCGACGUGGAGAUAUUCAUAGUAGUAUUAGGUUGCCAUUGUUGAAUAAUGUUAAAGAUAAUAACCAAAUGAAUAUUGGAGAUAAGAUAAAAGAGAGAAAGAAUCAAAUAUGGGGAACAAAUGUUCAAAUAAAUGAUGUACAAAAUUCUUUUGAAGAUUUUCUUCUCAAUUUCAAACUAUUAUAUCGUAAACAAAAGGAAGGAUUUGCUAUCACAGAGAUAGAUAAACGACCAUUUUAUCAAUUAUAUAUUAAGAAGAUUGAAGAAACUCAAAUAUUUAAAUUAAAUCUUGACAUACAAAAUCUUCUUGCGUAUGAACCAUCAAAAAAAUUAUAUUUUCAACUUGUAAAUUUUCCACAAGAAAUCAUCCCUAUUUUUGAUGAUGUACUUACUUUAGUUUACAAAAGAAUUCAUAAAAUUAAAGAUCCUCAUGGUGCAAUAUCAUUAAAGGUUCGACCUUUUAACUUGGGAAAAUCUACAAAUAUGCGAGAAUUAAAUCCAUCCGAUAUCGAUAAAAUAGUAUCCACUAAAGGUCUUAUAAUUCGAAGUUCUCCUAUACUUCCUGAAAUGUCGGUUGCAUCUUUCCGUUGUUCGAUUUGUGAUUCUACUGUCGAGGUUGAAGUUGAUCGUGGAAAGAUUGAUGAACCUUCAAAAUGUAGUCGACGUGAUUGUAAUUCGUCAAACACUAUGAUGUUAAUACACAAUAGAUCCUCUUUCAAAGAUCGCCAAAUAUGUCGAUUACAAGAAACUCCCGAUUCUAUUCCUGACGGGCAAACCCCACAUUCAGUUUCACUUUGUCUAUAUGAUGAUUUGGUAGACACAGUAAGACCUGGUGACAAAGUGGAAUUGACCGCAAUUUACCGUUCUGCGCCAAUUCGAGUCCACCCUCGUACACGUACCAUUAAAGCAUUAUUCAAAACUUAUCUUGAUGUAGUACAUGUCGCGAAAUUUGAACAAAAUCGCACUGCCGCAGAUUCGACUGAUCUUGGAUUCGAUAAUUUUGAUUCCGAUGAAGAUGGAGAUAUUAAUAUUUCAGAGAAAGUGCUUAUGAGUGAUGAUCAACCCGAAAUUGACAUCCGAAUGAAAACUUCAUCCGAAAAACAUGAAAAUCGACCUGAAUUUACUGAAGAAGAGAUACGAUGUUUUAAUGAAUUGUCAAAAAGACAAGAUUUAUAUGAAUAUUUAGCACGUUCAUUAGCUCCUAGUAUAUUUGGAUUGGACGAUAUUAAAAAGGGAAUACUCUUACAAUUAUUUGGGGGUACUAACAAAAAAUUUGAAAAAUCUGGUUCUCCUCGUUACAGGGGAGAUAUAAACGUUUUGUUGGUCGGUGAUCCUGGAACUGCGAAAUCACAAAUGUUACAGUAUGUACAUAAAAUAGCUCCCCGUGGUAUUUAUACUUCUGGAAAAGGAUCUUCGGCUGUUGGACUUACAGCAUAUGUCACAAGAGAUCCCGAUACUAAACAGAUGGUACUUGAGAGUGGCGCUCUAGUUCUUAGUGAUGGGGGAGUGUGUUGUAUAGAUGAAUUUGAUAAGAUGUCAGAUGGAACACGUGCUAUUCUUCACGAAGCAAUGGAACAACAAACGGUAUCAGUUGCCAAAGCUGGAAUAAUUACUACUCUUAAUGCUCGAGCUUCAAUACUCGCAUCCGCAAAUCCCGUUGAUUCAAAAUAUAAUCCUAGACUUUCCAUAGUGAAAAAUAUUGAUUUACCACCAACUUUAAUGUCUCGGUUUGACCUUAUUUAUCUAGUAGUAGAUAAAACAGACGAAAGAGCGGAUAGGAGGCUAGCAAAUCAUUUGGUUUCAUUGUAUUUAGAAGACUCGCCAUUUACGGCGGGAAUUGAUAUAUUACCAGUAAAGACUUUAACGAAAUAUAUUAGAUAUGCGCGUAAAAAAUUUCAUCCAAUAAUUGGAGACGAUGAAUCGGCCAAUGCUCUUGUAACCGCGUAUGUUAAUUUGCGUAAAAGGGGGAUUAAUCCUCGUACAUCGGAAGUUGUUAUCACGGCGACCACCAGACAAUUGGAAUCAAUGAUUAGACUAUCAGAAGCUCACGCUCGUAUGAGACUUUCAGAUAAGGUUAAAAUAAUUGAUGUCAGAGAAGCAGAAAGAUUACUUAAAGAAGCAAUACAGCUUGCCGCAUUUAAUCCUGAAACUGGUCAAAUUGAUAUGGAUAUGAUUACUACAGGAUUUAGUAGUAGCGAAAGAAGAUUGAUGGAAGAUAUGCGUAGAGAACUUAGAGAAAUGUUUUCACGUAUAGAUUCAGACACUAUAACGUGGAGAAAAGCAUUUGAGGAUUUCAAGGCUCAAUCAUACGAGGCAAUUUAA